AAGGUGCUGCCCUUCGGGGCGCAUGAAUGGGGCUGGCGCGAUUGUCCCCGCCUCCUCUACGCUGCUAUUGGUCACCGCUCGCCACGAGGCCCCGCCCCCCGUUGGCGGCGCUCUAUAAUUGGCGCUGCGCGGCGCGGAGCUCCCACGGCCGCCCGCAGGGUCCCACCGCCGCCGCUCGAUAUGAAGGUCGCCGCUGCCGCCCCUUCGCCGCUGCCCGCCGGUCCCGGUGGGGCACUGAAAGCCGUACGGCCCGGAGAAGCCGCCCGCUGUGGGCCGGGCCCAGGAGCUGUCGCUGCUGAGCAGGCGGCCGCCGCGCUGCUGUAUGACAUGAAGGGCUGCUACUCGCGGCUUCGGGCGCUGGUGCCCACCUUACCGCGGCACCGGAGGGUCUCUAAAGUGGAGCUCCUGCAGCACGUGAUCGACUACAUCUGGGACCUGCAGCUGGCGCUGCAGCCCGGCCCUCCUCGACCCCCCGCUGCUGCUGAGCCUCCCGAGGCUCCGUGCAUGGCCGCUGCCGACCGCAUACUGUGCCGCUGAGAGAGACCUCCACGGACCCGAACGGGGCCCCCCGCGCACGGACGGGACCCGCAGCUGUGGGUUGUGCCGAAGUGCGCGGAAUGGACGCCUCUGCGGAGCCGGCGGCCGCGGCUCGUAACCUUCUCAGAUUGCUGAGAGCAUUCCCUGUAUUGUAUAUUACAAUGAUGCUGGAGAAUAUUGUUCUACAAUAGCUGGAGUUUUGUUAUUAAACAAGCCCUGAUUACCAGGCAAACUUCUUUUCUCGUGGCCGCACUGCGUGGGGUUGCUGGGUUGGGGGGGUGAGGGGGGGUCUGGGCACUGGAGCAUCAAACCACUUGGAGCCCAUCUGCUCUGGUGUGGGCUGUGUACACGCGGUGUGGCAGCACUGGAGCUGGGCUGUGGUGGUGGUGGGGGAGUGGGAACCCUGGGAUGGAGCAGGGAGCGCAUGGG